CAAUAGCUUUACGCUUCCUCCCAUUUUGGUCCUCGUGGCUUAGAUUCUUAUUGGAUUACAAAGCUUCUUUUACACACUCAACCUUCAAAAACUUCCAUUAAACGCUUCGCUAAGCUUGUCGGCUUAUGGAUUUUCACUCCUAUUUUUGCUGCCUCAGAGGAUUCGAUCGGAAACAGAACAAGAAGAAACAGUCAACAUGGAGGAUAUUCUCAUUGAAGGAAUUGCAUUCUGCUACAAACAAUUUUAAUUAUGAUAAUAAGCUUGGAGAAGGUGGAUUUGGGAGUGUUUAUUGGGGCCAACUUUGGGAUGGAUCUCAAAUUGCAGUGAAGAGAUUGAAGGUUUGGAGCAAUAAGGCGGAGAUGGAAUUUGCCGUUGAAGUUGAGAUACUUGCACGGGUUAGACACAAGAAUCUACUCAGUUUACGGGGAUAUUGUGCAGAAGGUCAAGAACGAUUAAUCGUGUAUGAUUACAUGCCUAAUCUCAGCUUACUUUCACAUCUUCAUGGCCAACACUCUGCUGAAUGCCUUCUUGAUUGGAAUCGACGAAUGACCAUUGCUAUCGGAUCUGCAGAAGGAAUUGUCUAUCUUCACCACCAUGCCACACCACACAUAAUCCACAGAGAUAUUAAAGCGAGCAACGUCUUGCUAGACGCAGAUUUCAACGCCCAGGUGGCUGAUUUCGGAUUCGCAAAGCUAAUCCCGGAUGGCGCCACACACGUUACCACCAGAGUCAAAGGCACACUCGGGUACCUCGCCCCUGAAUACGCAAUGCUAGGAAAGGCGUCAGAGAGUUGUGACGUUUACAGCUUCGGCAUUCUUCUGCUCGAACUCGCUAGUGGCAAGAAACCUAUUGAGAAGCUACACGGCACCACGAGAAGGUCAAUCACAGAAUGGGCUCUACCAUUAGCAUGCCAGAAAAAUUUCAGUGAAAUCGCAGAUCCAAAACUGAACGGGAACUAUUCGGCUGACGAAAUGAAAAGGGUCAGCCUCGUUGGUCUGAUCUGUGCUCGAAAUCAACCCGACAAACGACCAACGAUUCUCGAAGUGGUUGAAUUGUUGAAGGGGGAAUCAAAAGAGAAGGUUGAUGCUUUGGAGAAUGAUGACAUGUUUUGUGGAAAACAUGAUUACAAUGAUGGGGUUUCUGUUGCUGAUGAUAGUUGUGAUUCUAUUUCUGUGGAGAAAGCACAAAAAGAAGAGAUUGAAAAGGUGGUGGGGAUAUAGAAGAUGAAGUCCAUGGGGGCGGGGGCCGGGGGGCAUGGCUGAGUUGGUUUGUAAAAAAAGCUUCAUUUUUUAUGCCAGUUUUAUCGUGUUAUUUGCUUCUUCUUUUUCAAUUUUUCCCAGUUAGUGUGUGGAUAUUACUGUGUUAUUUGGAACGGAUUUGUUGUGAAAAAUGGGAAAUCAAGCAUAUAUUUACUUUUUA